GUGUUUUGAUACGACAGCAACGUGCUCCAAAAGAAUGAUUUUUCUGAUUGAAAAUCAUGUGAAUUUUAUUAUAUUUUUAAUUAUUCAAGAGUUAAUUUGUUAAAUCUUUUUAUAGUUGCUUGUAUCGUGUAAUAUUUCUUUGCCAAAAUGGGAAAGAAAUCGAAGAUUGGGCGUCAGCGGAAGGAUAAGUUUUACCAUUUAGCCAAGGAAACCGGUUAUCGUUCCAGAGCUGCUUUCAAGUUGAUACAGCUGAACCGAAAAUUUGAAUUCUUACAAAAAGCUAGAGUUCUUAUCGAUUUAUGUGCAGCUCCAGGAGGAUGGAUGCAAGUAGCCAAACAAAAUAUGCCUGUUUCCAGUAUCGUAAUCGGUGUGGAUAUGUUCCCCAUGAAACCAGUCCCUGGUUGUAUUUCUCUUCUGGAAGAUAUCACUUCCGAAAAAUGCAAAGCAUCUUUGCGAAAAGAAUUAAAAACAUGGAAAGCAGAUGUUGUAUUACACGAUGGUGCUCCAAAUUUAGGUAAAAAUUGGCUGCACGAUGCAUACAAUCAAAACUGUUUAACACUAAGUGCCCUGAAGUUAGCUACUGCGUAUUUAAGAGAAGGUGGCUGGUUCGUAUCGAAAGUUUUCCGAUCAAAGGAUUACAAUUGUUUAUUAUGGGUAUUUAAACAAUUAUUCAAGAAGGUUCACGCUACUAAACCUCCAGCAUCUAGGAACGAAUCAGCUGAAAUAUUCGUAGUAUGUCAAGGCUACAUUGCUCCAGCCAAACUAGAUCCUCGAUUCAUGAAUCCAAAUUACGUAUUUAAAGAAUUAGACGUUGAGAAACCAGUAACGGUGCAGAGCUUACUAAAAAGCGUUGAUUCGACUAAAAAAUCCAAAGCCGAAGGAUACGACGAUGAUGCUGUUGUGCUACAUACGAAGUUACCUGCGUCCGUUUUCAUGUCUAGUGAUAAUCCGGCUGCUGUUUUACAAAACGCAUUCGAAAUCGUGUUCGAUGACGAUGAAAUAUUAAACCAUCCUAAAACUACCGAUGAAAUAAAACGCUGUUGCGAAGAUAUCAAAGUAUUGGGUAAAAAAGAGUUGAGAAGUUUACUUUCGUGGUGGAAAUCGUACCGACAAGAUAAACAAAAAAGCGAAGAACCUAAAAAAUCCGCCGAACCCGAAAAACCUAAACUUGUUCCACACGGUUCGGAAUCUGACGAAGAGAAAGAAUUAGACGAUGUAUCCAAGCAAAUCGACGAAAUGAUAGAUGAAGAAAAAAGAGAAGCUAAAAGAAAAAGGAAGAAAGUCAACAAAGAACGAGCUAAAUUACAAAUGAAAAUGAAUUUGAAUAUGAGAAACAAAGAUGAUCUUGGUCCAACCGAACAAGAAGAUACUGAUGUAUUUAAACUGUCUCAAAUUACUUCGAAACGUCAAUUAGAUUCAAUUAGUGAUCAAAGACCAGAUAUUAUGGCCGAAUCUGACGAUGAAGAAAAUCAAAUACCUGUUAAGAAAUCUAAAAAAGUGUCGUAUGAUGCUGAAAAAUCAUAUCUCGAUGAAACUGGAACGUAUUACCGUACGGCUGAAAGUGAAUCAGAAGGCGAAGACGAAGAAAUAGAUAGCGACGUUGAAGGGCUCGGUCUGGAAAAAGAAGCCCCCGAAAAGAAACCUGUCAAAAGAGUUAGAUUUUUGGAACCUGAAGCAGACGAAGAUAUGGAUGAGAAUAAUUCGAAUCCAUUAAUCACAGAUUUAGAUUUUAGAGAUACUAGAGACAAACGGUUAUCUAAAGCUAAGCUGUGGUUCGAUAAGGACGUAUUCAAAGAUGUUGAAAAUGAAGAAGACGAAGAUUAUGAACUAGACACGAUGACUUUAGAUAUUCAACAGAAAGGAGGCAAAGUCUUGAACGCUCCUGCUACUCAAGUUACCAAUAAACGAAAACAAGCAGAUGAUGAUGUUAGCGACGAUAAUGAUGACGAAGACGACGACGAUGAUGAUGGCGAAGAUGAUGAUUCUUCAGGAAGUGAAACAGAAGAAGAAAAAGAAAAUAAACCAAUUCAGAAAAAUGAUUCCAAUAAAAAGUUGAAACUAGCUCCUAGAAUAGAAGUUGGUGAUGAAACGCAAAUAAAUGAAUGGGAUGUUGAUAAUGCUAGCUUAGCUUCAGAGAAAAAACGCAAGAAAAAAGAACGUAAAGUAUUGGACGCCGAAGGGCUCGCCAUGGGAGCAUUGAUAGUAAACUCGAAGAAAUCCAAACGUGAUUUAUUCGACGCUGGCUGGAACCGAUACGCUUUUAACGAUGAAAACUUACCCGAAUGGUUCGUCGAUGACGAGAAAAAACAUAUGAGAAAAGACACAGCAGUGCCUCCUGAAUUGAUCACAGAAUACACGAAGAGCAGAGAAGAAAUCGAUAGUAGACCUAUAAAAAAAGUAGCCGAAGCUAAAGCUCGUAAUAAAAGACGAGCCGCCAAAAAAUUAGAUAAACUCAAGAAGAAAUUGGAAGGUGUUAUGGAUAAUCCAGAUAUGACUGAAGCCGAAAAAGCCAAACAAGCUAAACAAAUGUACAGGAAAAUCGCAACGAAGAAACCCGAAAUCAAAUAUUUGGUAGCGAAGAAACAUACAGCAGCGAAACGAGUCAGACGUCCGAAGGGUCUCAAAGGACCGUUCAAAGUUGUCGAUCCUCGAAUGAAGAAAGAUUUAAGAGGCAAAGUGCACAAGGAAACGAAAAAUAAAUCUAAAAAAUCGGCUAGUAAAAUUAAAAGAUCUUAUAAACCGAAAAAUAGAGGUAAAUAAAUGUUAUUGUGGUUUUUUUAAA